AUGGACAGCAGCCUGAGCGAGGCAGACAGUGGGGAAGAAGAAUGCCGGUCCCAGCCCAGAAGCAUCAGCGAAAGCUUCCUCACUGUGAAAGGUGCCGCGCUCUUCCUGCCGCGGGGCAAUGGGUCUUCGACUCCGCGCAUCAGCCACCGGCGCAACAAGCACGCAGGGGAUCUCCAGCAGCACCUGCAGGCCAUGUUCAUCCUGCUCCGCCCAGAAGACAACAUCCGCCUGGCUGUGAGACUGGAAAGCACGUACCAGAACCGCACGAGGUACAUGGUGGUGGUAUCCACGAACGGCAGGCAGGACACCGAGGAGAGCAUCGUCCUAGGGAUGGAUUUCUCCUCCAAUGACAGUAGCACUUGUACGAUGGGUUUGGUGCUGCCGCUGUGGAGCGACACCUUGAUCCACCUGGAUGGAGAUGGCGGGUUCAGCGUAUCGACAGACAACAGGGUUCAUAUAUUCAAGCCAGUGUCUGUGCAGGCAAUGUGGUCAGCCCUGCAGAGCUUACAUAAGGCUUGUGAGGUGGCCCGGAGUAACAACUACUACCCGGGGAGCCUCUUCCUUACGUGGGUCAGUUACUAUGAGAGCCACAUCAACUCCGACCAGUCUUCGGUCAACGAGUGGAACGCCAUGCAGGACGUGCAGUCCCACCGGCCGGACUCGCCCGCCCUCUUCACCGACGUCCCAACGGAGCGGGAGCGCACCGAGCGGCUGAUUAAGACCAAGUUAAGGGAGAUUAUGAUGCAGAAGGAUUUGGAGAACAUCACGUCGAAAGAGAUACGCACGGAGCUGGAGAUGCAGAUGGUGUGCAACCUGCGGGAGUUCAAAGAGUUCAUUGACAAUGAAAUGAUAGUGAUCCUCGGACAGAUGGACAGCCCCACUCAGAUAUUCGAUCAUGUCUUUUUGGGCUCGGAGUGGAACGCCUCCAAUUUGGAAGACUUGCAGAACAGAGGGGUGCGGUAUAUUUUGAAUGUGACUCGAGAAAUAGAUAACUUCUUCCCAGGGCUCUUCGAAUAUCAUAAUAUUCGGGUAUAUGAUGAAGAAGCAACAGAUCUUCUGGCUUACUGGAAUGAUACCUACAAAUUCAUCUCCAAGGCAAAGAAAAAUGGUUCCAAGUGCCUGGUGCACUGCAAGAUGGGCGUGAGCCGCUCGGCGUCCACCGUGAUCGCCUACGCCAUGAAGGAGUACGGCUGGAACCUGGACCGAGCCUACGACUACGUGAAGGAGCGGCGCACCGUCACCAAGCCCAACCCCAGCUUCAUGCGGCAGCUCGAGGAGUACCAAGGGAUCCUGCUGGCCAGCAAGCAGCGGCACAACAAGCUGUGGCGCUCGCACUCGGACAGUGACCUCUCUGACCAUCACGAGCCCAUCUGCAAGGCCGGGCUGGAGCUGAACAAGAAGGAGAUCACCACCUCUGCUGACCGGAUCUCGGAUGCCAAGACCAACGACAACCAGCAGCCCAUGUCUCCUGUCUACUCAGCUGAGCUGGACAGAGAGCAGCAGCAAGCGGAGGACGCAAACCUGAUCGAAGAGCCGUGUGUGAAGGAGAGAAGGGUUCACCUGGAGUUUACAUGUAGAGACUUCCACGCUGAGCAGAUAGAGGACAAGCUGAACCUAAACAAUAUCAAUGGCUGUCCAGUAGGCUGUUGUGUGGACUCGAUCCCCCCUGAUAACUGCCAUGCUUCUGAGGCCUUAAUGCAACUCCAGCAUCCCUUGGAAAUAACGGACUUUCCUGAUUUGACGGUGGAUGAUUUGGAAAAAGAUGCUCUUAAGCCCGAUAUGAACGUGCAUUUGCUUCCCAUGGAAGAAUUCACUACAUGCUUAAAAGACUUUCCCCAGUCUCCCAACCAGAAUUCCCCAAGUCCCCAACAAGCUCCCCAGCCUGGAGUGAYGGAGCUCAGUACAGAUAGGAUUGAUUUCUUCAGCGCUUUGGAGAAAUUUGUGGAGCUUUCGCAGGAGAGCAGGUCACGCGCCUGCUCCCAUUCCAGGACAGAGGAGCAAGGCGGUGGAAGGAACGGGAUCUCCAAGGUGUCUGCUCUGGAAGUGCCACCUGCUGCAGAUGGGGCUGCAGAUGCUCAGAGGAGCAGCUCUAGAAACUCCCCUCAAGCAUCAGAUGACUCUUCCACCGAUGAAGAACAACAAAAGGAGGUCCCCGAGCUGCCUGGCACCGACCAUCUCACCAGGUCCCACUCGGAAAAUGCAAUUUCAGUGAAGGAAAUWAUCACAGAAAUUGAAUCGAUCAACCAGGGGGCAGGAGCUGCCCAGCAGAAAGAGGGUUCUGCCAACCAUACCUCGACACCAAAGAGGAACACGGUGCAUGAGCUGCCGGUGGAGGGGGUCUGGGCAUCGGAGAGGCUGGAGCAGAGCGAAGGAGCCCAGGAGAAGGACCCCCUGGCAGCUGAGCAGGAAGGUGGCCCCUCGCUGCAGCUCCCUGCCUGCAAAUCGGCCCCGGAGGAGAGCAGCCCGGCGGGGGAGCAGCAGGAGCCUCGCGAGCAGAGCGUCGCUCCCGAGCCCAAGUGGUGCCCGGGCUCGGUCAGACGGGCCACGCUGGAGUUCGAGCGCCUGUGGCAGGAGCAGGAGCACCCGGGCGGCGCCCUGCCCGCUCGCAAGAACUCCAGGAACGAGCCUGCUGCGGGCGGCAGGAGCGAGGAGCCGCCGCCGGAGCCGCCCCCGGAGGGUGGCAAGGGGCAGGGUGCCGGUGCUGCGGAGCUGCUGCCUCCCGGCGCAGAGCAGCCUGCAGACAAACCUCCCUCCGUGCCCGCUGCCUCUCCUCCCUGCGAGCCUCUGCCUGCAGCGCCUGCGCUGGAGCACGGGGCAGCAGCUCAGGAGCACAGGACCGUGGUCUCGUUCGAUGGCACGGAGGAGCCAGCGCUGCCCGCCCUCCUCCCAAAGAGGAUUGAAAUCAUCGAGUACACUGCCACGCUCAGGGCUGCGGAGCUCCCCGCCGCCGCCUGCGAGCAGGGCGGGCUGGCYCCGGCCCUCCCUUCUCUGGAUGAAAACUUGAAUCCUUCCUUGUGCUCCGAGCAGGCCGCUACCUCUCCCAAAGCUCCGACGCUGGCGACUCCGCCGCCGCCGGAGCACUCGGUACAAGGGCAGGCGGCCCUGGGCGCGGGCAGCGCCAGCCGGGAAGGUGGUGGCUCUAACCUUCCCCUCGGCGCUGCCUCCCCCUCUGCCCAGGCAGCCCCCACACCUUCAGCCGGCCAAGAUGUCCCUUCCUCCCCGUACGUCGUCCGCGUGGAGGGUGUCACGGAGCAGAGCACGAGCACGGACGUUGAGCCGGCCGUGCCCUGCGGCGCCCACGGAGCCGGCAGCGCGGCGCGUGGGGACAGCGGGGAGCCCCUGCGCCGCGCGKGUGCCGGCGCCGCGAGGCGGCUGAGCAGCGAGGACUUGCCCAGGCACCGCGCCGCGGAUCUGGCCCUUCUGGACAUCUCCUUCCUGUGCUACGGGCUCCCGCACGGCUCCGGCAGCCGCGGCGCGGAGCGCGGCGACAGCGCCGGGCUCGUCAAGCAGCGGGCCGAGGAGAUAGAGGCGCGGAUCCGGCACGCGGGGCUCACCACGCCGUCCCACAUGAAACGCUCCGCCUCCCUGGCCAAGCUGGACUGCCUGGAUCUCUCCAAGGACGACUUAUCCGAGAGGGAAUCGGCCUCUUCCAACGCCAACCCGGUGCUUCUCACUUGCGUCGCGCUCGGCCGCAGCUUUUGCAGGGGGACGUUGGAAGGGGGCCUGGAAAGCCCCUGUGAGCAGCGCUGCGCUGCCUCCCUGCCCGCCCUUCGGGACCCCAAACCCACCAAGCAUUUUGUAGAACAGCUACGAACGACAGAGUGCAUUGCCCAGAGCAAGCCGGUGGAGAGGCCCUUAGCUCAGUACGCCAAAGAGUGUGGCUCGAGCCAGCAGGGCUUGUUCCCCGGCGCGGAUCCGCCGUGGACGGGCUCCGGGGAGGGUCCCCCGCUGCUCCCCGUGCCGCUCGCGGACCCCUCGGCCCUGGCGCCGAGCCUGGCUCUCGCACCCAGGCAGCAGCACGGGAGAACUCACCCUCUGAGGAGACUCAAAAAGACCAAUGAUAAAAAGCGGACAACCAAUCCACUCUAUAACACAAUGUGAUUCGGAGCCCUCGGCUGUGAUUUCUUACAAAAGAGAACCCAUGUCGUUGCGUUCACGCAAGGGGCAGGUGUAAUAUAUAAGGAACAUGCACUUUAUUGGUUAAUUUUAUAUAUAUUGUCAUUUUACUGUUCCUGGCGCAUGUAGGUGUGGGUUGGUUCUUCUGUGUGUGACUCUGACUGCAGGACUGUUUGGUUUUUUAUUUUAUUUUUUUUUAAGUCAGAUAACCUCAAAUGUUCUUUUCUGUUGUUGGUUUGUUUUAAAAGAACACCUUUGGCAAAGGAAAACUGCUGUCGGGUCGCUUAUGCAGCGUGGAGUUUUGCGCAGAACCAGGUCUGAGUUCGUAACUUGAAUUUCACCUCUGCUUUGACAUGGUGCUGGAGCGAGAACCCCCGUAAAUGUGAAGGCUGUGC